CAAACCAUCCACUAUCCAGUUAACGGCCUCACUCCCGCCACUAAAAACCGUCAAUCCGCCAUUCCUCCUCCUCUUCCUGCCUUAACCCAUAAUGGCCAUGGCUUCUCCUCACCCUUCAUUCCUCCCUCCCGCCACAUUCCUCCUCUCCAAAUCCCCCAAAAGAUGUCAUCUUCCCAAGCCCUUCCUCCUCAGAGUCGCCUCCUCUUCCUCCCCGAACCCGCCCGACUCCGAAUCUGCCCCCGAACCCGCGGCUCCCGCGGACCCCGUCAAGCUCGCCUUCGAUAAAGCUCGGGCGUACAAGAAGUCGCUGCAGCCCAAGCCGGAGGAGGGUGGAUCCGAGGCGAGCGUGGUCGGGAGCCCCGGCGACCCGAGUGGCCGCGGCGAUUCGGCCGGCGCCGGUCGAAUCGCGACGGCCGAGGCGGCAAAAGAGUACGUCUUGGAAAGCGACGCUGAUUCGGGCUUGACAGGUAAAAAUGGAGGGAAAAUUGGUAAAGUAAAUUCGGAGGAAAAAACGGAUAAGGAACAGCAGCUGGUGGUUUCGAGCAUUGAUUUUGUGGGGCUCGACUUUGCGGACAAGAAACGGACCAGGGGACUUCCGCCGGGUUUAAUUCCAGUGAGUGACCCUUUUCCAGAAGGAGACGUUCCUGAGGUGGAAAUCAUUCUCGGGGACACCACCAAAUUCGAUGAUGUGACGGCGACGGAGCCUGCCGUCGCACCACCCCAAGAAGAUAAUUCAGAUCUUUACAAACCCAAAGUUUCAUCUUGGGGUGUCUUCCCAAGACCGAACAACAUAUCUGAGACGUUUGGAGGUGGAAGGACCAUUCGCCCGGGGGAUGUGCUGGAAACAGCUGAAGAUAGGGCUGCUAAAGAUGCACGUACUAGAGAACUUGUUGCUGCUUACAAGAAAAAAAUGGGCUUAAACAUAGAUGCAAAGUUGAAAUCUGAGUGUGAGAAGGCUCUGAAGGAUGGUGACUCUCUGAUGGAUGUUGGAAAACUAAAGGAAGCUUUACCAUUUUAUGAAGAGAUCAUGAAUAAGCUGCCAUUUCAGAGUGAACUUCAUGGAUUAGCUGCAUUGCAGUGGUCCAUCUGCCAGGACUCACUUACCAGACCAAAUGAGGCUCGUAUAAUGUAUGAGAAGCUUCAAUCUCAUCCAAAUGCUAAAGUCGGCAAGAGAGCUAUGCAAUUCAUGUUUAGCUUCCAGGCCAUGGAGAUGAUGAAGGUAAGAAGCUCAAAGCUUUUGGCAAAGAGCACAGGCUACCAAAACUACUUCGAGGCCUUCAUUGACAAAAAAAGCAACUAUUCUCUUGACAAGGAUGAAGAGCUCGAAGAAGUAGAAUUUAAGAUGAUAGACAGUGGUACUGUUUCCAUGGAUGCUUAAAGCUAUAUGAAGAUUCUGAGCCAGUGCAAACCCGUGAUGAGUACUCUGAAAGUUGUGGCUGAUAUCUCGAGUUAUAUACCGAGGAUAAUGUUCCCAGGAGGCACAUUUAUUACAGUCAUAAGGACGAGAAGAGAAAGAAGUAUACCGAUAUACUAAUGGUCCAUCCCUUCCAGGGGCUUACGCUUGUUUACAAGAAAAAGGCCGACAAAUCAAUAAUUUACUAAUUUCAGGCUGCUGGUAAUGAA